AUGGAGUCACUCCAUCGCAGGCUCUGGGAGGACCACCCAAAGACCGGCGAUUGCAAGGAAAGCGUCAACCUCUCCAACAAUAAGGGCAGCCACAAGGGUAGAAAGCCUGACGUCGAACAAGUUAUAGCUUCGUGGAUUGAGACACCGUUUCGUUGCGCCAGCAAAGCUCAGGGCAAGCCACGCAAUGAUUGGGAUCAGGUCUCCGCGGAACAAAGAAAACAUGAUUCCGAGCCGUGGAAGACGCCAUUGAAAAGCAUCCGCAAUUACUUGUCUACGAAUCGAUCGCCCAAAGAAUCAACUGCUGACCGUACGCCGGAUGCCACUACUUCGUUCGACGACAACAACACGAAGAUUGAUCCGAUUACGAAUCGCCGUGUACCAGCGAGGAACAGCAAACCUUCGAAAGCAUCAUUCACACCCAAAUUCGACGACGUUGAUCAGCAACCGAAUCUACAAGCAACUGCUGCGGAAUGCGAGGACACCCAACGCUACAGUGCGGCGAGGUGGAAUGAGCCGGAUGGCCUACCAACCAAGAGCACUGAGGAGAAGUCCAAGGAAUACCAAGACUUGGGCCGUUACGAGCAAACUCGAUGGAAUGAAACAGAAACACUGCCGAGAAAAUCUCCAGAGGAAAUAAGCAAGGCUUAUCCAGACCUCGACAAGUAUGGGUCUAUGCAAUGGAGCGAGUCGGACCGCGUGCAAGAAGCCACACCGGAGGAGAUCACAAAACAGUACGAUGAUCUUGACCAGUACGGUGCCGUCAAAUGGAACGAGCCGGAUGGUCUGUCGAAGCCUACUGCGGAAGAGCGUUCAAAGGACUACGAGGAUCUCGGCAGUUACGGUGCUAACAACUGGAAUGAGCCGGAUGGUUUACGCCAGCUCACCCCCGAGGAAGAGUCGCGAAAGUACAAAGAUCUCGCUACAUACGACGGCCCUCGCACAGUCGACAAUCCGAUUCUUACCGAAUACGAAGCCGCGCAGAACGCCACGAAUAUUAAAGGCAACGCUCUUCCGCCCAAGAUCGAAGUGACAUCGGAAGAUCCUGCGACGGAAUACAAAGACUUGGAUGCCUACAAGCCUGUCUAUUGGAAUGAGCCUGAUGGUUUGCGCAAGUUGACGCCCGAGGAAGAGUCGAAGAAGUAUGAUGACUUGAGUUCUUACGAGGCUGUACGAUGGAACGAGCCUGAUGGAUUACCUCAACCCACUUCUGAGGAGGCGACACGGCAGUACAAGGAUCUGCGUGAUUACGCGCCCAAGACGUAUGACGGUACAGAGUGUCGUUCUCCCCGUCUGCAUCCUGAAGAGGCGUCCAAAGAAUAUCAGGAUUUAGGUUCCUAUGGCCCAGUCCGGUGGAACGAGCCGGACGGUCUUCAGAAGCUCACUGCAGAGGAGGAGUCCAAGUUUUAUUCGGACCUGGCCAAGUAUUCUGCAAGGGAGAUUCCCGAAACGUCUUCGAGAACACAUCCUGAAGAAGCUUCAAAAGCGUACGAUGACCUUUCUAUGUACGGCUUCGUAGCCGACGGAUCUGAGCAGGCGCACAAUGGUCGGUCCGGUAGCCCGACCCAGCACCAUGACGAAUCUGCCCGCCGUCAACCCGAAGACUAUUCGAUGCCCACGCCAAAUUCUGAGCUAGAGUCGUUGUCUGCCGAGGAAAUCCGCGCCAAUGUUCUGCGUAGGGCGCACGAAAGCAGUCAGAAGCAGAAGGAAGGCGACGUCCCUGCGACAAAACUGACUGGGAACUACGUUCGCGACUUUCCCGAGGAGUUCACGACAUCCUGGAGCACGCACAACUCGAGCUCCAAGAGCGCCUUGUUCCCAAGCAACAAGACUUGCGAAGGCGAAGGCAAGGAAGAUGCUUUCCCUGGCGAGGCGGAAGCUUGUUCUAUGGACGAGAGCUUCCCGACUGAGCAGGCUCGUUUGGAGCCUGCGCUCGACCGCCAUGCACGCAGGAGGUCGUUGCCCGAGGCCAGUUGGACUCAACAAGAUCCUUACUCUAAGGUUGCCCAAGGUCUCGAAACGAGCUAUCGCAACGAGGUCGGGGCUGCUACCAUGUCCCCCAUAGCUAAGCACUACGGAAGCCAUGAUUCUGCAGCAUCCGUCACGACACCUCACAGCGCACCACAGCUCUGGCACUACAAGAUUUUGGCAUACGACCAGCAGAACGAUUCGGUCCGUAUGGUGGAGACGACAUCGGCUGUCGAAGACACAAGUCGCCCGCAGACACCUGGAGAUAUCAUCCCGCGUCUCUCCAAUCCAGCCCGAUUCAUGUCCUACUUUGCCACACUAGAAGACCAGGGGUACGAACUGCUUUCAGGAUCAGACAACACGUUGGUCUUUCGAAGGGUCCGUGAGGCCAGGACUGGCGCUGCAACCGCUGCUGAAGAUACAAAUCCCGGCCCAAAGAUCAACCCCAUCGACCUGAUGGGGCAACCCGUCACAGGCAACUUUGCCAGCCCUACUGGCUUCGUUAACUACGAUUCCAUUGCAGAGGAGAAGGUCCACAAGCCGGCGCCACCCUUCCGCUCCCUUGCUGACGACCACAGGGAAGAGACGGGUUCUAACGACGUCAGGACAUCUGAUCAGGUGUCCAAGAAGAACAAGAAGAAUACAUUGGCGAGGAAUCUGGUGAUUGGCACGGCAUGGGCUGGCGGCACAGCUUGCGCUCUUGGGGUCGUAGGGGAGUACUUCGCCUCUAGAGGAGCACCACCCAGACCAGGCGUUGCUCCCGAUACGCGCGGCACAAAGUGA